AUAUAUGUAUAUAUCAAUUGUGGAUAGCCUUUAAACCUUCUAAUCAUAACAAAUAUAUAAAUAAGUCAAACAAAUUUUAAAAUAUUAUAAAAGAAUAAUAAAAUAAAUAAAUAAACAAAAUGAAUGUUGUGACAGCCAUAAAACAUUACAUUACUCGUAUGACUGAAGAAAGUGGUCCUGGUAUGAAAGUUCUCUUAAUGGAUAAACAAACGAUAAGUAUCGUUAGUCUGGUUUAUAGCCACUCGGAAAUUUUAAUGAAAGAAGUAUAUUUAUUUGAUAAAAUUGAUGCACAAGUACGUGGUGAAGAAUUGAGACAUUUAAAAUGCAUUGUUUUUAUCAGACCGACCAAAGAAAAUGUUGCUUUACUUUGUAAUGAAUUAAGAAAUCCAAAGUAUGGUAUUUAUUAUAUAUAUUUCAGUAAUAUUAUUCCAAAAGCUGAUAUUAAAUUAUUAGCAGAAAGUGAUGAACAAGAAGUUGUAAGAGAAGUUCAAGAAUUUUAUGCUGAUUAUUUAGCUGUGAACCCGCAUUUAUUUUCCCUUGGAAUAAAUUCAUGUGCCGAAGGUCUGACAUGGAAUCCAGUUAAUUUACAUCGUUCCUGUGAGGGAAUUAUUUCAGUGUUACUUUCAUUAAAAAAAUGCCCAUACAUUCGUUACCAAAGUAGUUCAGAAAUGGCCAAAAGAUUGUCGGAAAAAAUACGCGAAGUAUUAAUCAAAGAGUCUAAUUCAUUUAAAUUCAGGCAGGAGUCAGAUCCGCUUUUAUUGAUACUUGACAGGCGAGAUGAUCCAGUAACCCCGUUGUUAAAUCAGUGGACUUAUCAGGCUAUGGUUCAUGAACUUCUAAGUAUUAAUAACAAUCGUGUUGAUUUGUCCCACAUACCGGGAAUUUCAAAAGAAUUACAGGAAGUUGUGCUCAGUGCUGAGCACGAUGAGUUUUAUGCUGAAACAAUGUAUUUAAAUUUUGGAGAAAUAGGACAAACGAUAAAAGAGUUGAUGGAAGAGUUUCAAAAAAAAGCAAAGAAACAUCAAAAAGUUGAGAGCAUUGCUGACAUGAAAAAUUUUGUUGAAACUUACCCGUUAUUUAAAAAAAUGUCUGGUACGGUUUCAAAACAUGUAACUGUUGUCGGUGAGCUCUCUAAUUUAGUUGGUAAUCAUAAUUUAUUAGAAGUUUCUGAGACUGAACAAGAACUGUCUUGUCAAAAUGAUCAUUCCAAUCAACUUCAAAAAAUAAAAAAAUUAUUAAAUAAUCCAAAAGUACGUGAUAUUGAUGCAACGAGAUUAGUUAUGCUCUAUGCAUUACAUUACGAAAAACAUACGAAUAAUGAAAUUGGAUCAUUAGUUGAGAUGUUAAAGAAACGAGAAGUUCCUGAAAAAUAUACAAAACUUAUCUACAGUAUUUUGGAGUACAGCGGAAUAAAUCAGAGACAAAGUAAUUUAUUUGAUCGUGAAGCUGUAGCUAAAAUAACUAAGAAAUUAUUCAAAGGUCUGAAUGGUGUUGAAAAUAUUUAUACGCAACAUAAUCCUUUGUUGAGUGAAACUCUGGAGGAUCUUAUUAAAGGAAAAUUAAAUACUCAAACUUUCCCUUAUUUAGGACAAAUGACUAUGACUAGAAGAAUUCAAGAUGUGAUUGUGUUUAUUAUCGGUGGCGCAACUUACGAAGAAAGUUUGGCGGUAUAUAAUUUAAACAAACAAAAUCCAGGAGUUAAAAUAAUUUUAGGAGGCACAACGAUUCAUAAUUUUCAAAGUUUUUCCAAUGAAAUAUUAUCAGCAACUGCUGGAAUUGUACCGAGAUAUAGGUCUCGGAAUAAUUAAAAUAAAAAAAAA